UGGAAUGCCAGCUCCGAGUUUGAGAAAGGAAGGCAAGGUAAGGCACGUUUCCUAAAUGCUGUUCACAUUAUAUAUAUAUAUAUAUAUAUAUAAAGAGCGAAAGAGAUGAGAGCGAAAUAGAUUAGGCAGACAAGGAGAAAAGAAGGAGAAGAUGAUGGAGUGGAGCGAUGGGGAGGGAGGCGGCGGCGGCGGCGAUGAGAGGGGAGGAGGAGGAGGAGGAGGGGACGCGAGGGAGCGGCACAAGCUGGCGGAGAGGGAGAGGAGGAAGUCGAUGAGGGAGCUGUUUCUGUGCCUGCACUCCCACCUGCCUCACUCGCAGACGGUGAGGAAGGAGCAGUCGGCGAUCCUGGACGAGAUCAUCAAGUAUAUCCCUCUCGCCGCCGCCCGCCUCCGCACUCUCCAGUCCAGGCGCGACCAGCUCGCCCGCUCCUCCUCCUCCCCCCGCGGCCUCACUCACGUCACCGACCGCAACAGCGCUUCCUCUCUCGACUUCGACAUCCGCGUCAUGCCGGAUUCCGCCUCCUCCGUCGCCGUCCGGGUGCGGGGCAACCGCGUCAACGUCUCCCUCACAGACACCAAGGGCGCUGCCCCGACCAUGCUCCUCUCAACCCUUCUCGACGAGCUGGAAUCUCACCAACUGCAGCUCGUCCGCUCCACCCACUGCAGAGACGGCUCCAGGCUCCUUCACCACUCCGAGUGCAAGGUAGUGGAUGGGCUGGAGAUAUCACCAGCACUGCUGAAAUCCAGGCUUCAAGAUUUGGCAUGUAAGCUACACAGGCUGAAGAGACCCGCCGUCCUCAAGAGGAGCUUCGACCAACUCGACUGAGCACCGGCGGAAAGGUGUCCAAUGUAGUAGGUUCGCCGGUCCGCAGUGCAUUAACAGUCAUUCUGAGGUUCCAUUCCUAUGGGCGUUACUUCAUUGGAGGCUGUGGAGGAGAAGGGCUGAGGGUAGCCUAAGGUUUUUGGGCAGAGUUUUGGCUGCCCCUAGCUCUUUCCCUCUCCACUUUCUCUCUCUAGAUCUAUGUUCUCUCCCUCUCUGUCAUGUGCUGUCUCUGAGGCUGUAGCAUUUAGUUGGUGUAAGACUAUUUCUUCCAUUGUAAGUGUACACACUUAAGAGAUCAUUUGCGGUGGUGUGUAGGAUGCUCAA